AUGAGAGCUCUGUUUUCUCCCUUUCAAUUCAAGUUCCCCUUCCCUUCUCCGUCCUCCCCUUAAAAAUGUUUGUGCUGACAGAUGAGAGAGGACGGGACUUCCUGCCUUCUGCCCAUGCCUGACCCUACAGAGGACCGACUGGCCUGCGCUCUGCUGCCCUCUAGCCUUGUGACCUUUGAGAGUCACUGCCCCUCUCUCUGGGUCAGCAUCCAGGCUGGUAAAUGAGUAUCACACGGUCUUCUUUCCGGGGUUGAUAUGAGAACAAACUAUCCCAGCAUGUCACACGGUAUCAGGGAUGCAAACCUGCUUGGCAGGCUGACCCCUCCCACCGUGAGCUCAAUGUGAGGCAGCAUUUGAGGGGACCAAUCCCAGAGCACGUCUGGGAGGAAGGCUGAGUGAAGGAGGGGUUCUGUUGCUGAUCUCCUCGUCUCUGUCAGACACCUCCCCAGCCACACACAAGCUGGAUGUGGCGUGCACGACUUCCUCAUUACGCAACACCCUGAGAUGACAGAGGUGCUCACACCAGUCUUGUGCAGAAAAAACUUGAAGUUCUUAGCCCUUAAGGCCAGGGCAGAACCUGACUCCUCUGUUUCAGCCCUAUGCAGCCAGCAGAAGCCUCCAAAGCUCCUUACUUCCCUUUUGAGGGUGCCAAGGUGGAGUGAGGGGCCAGGGGCAGCGGAUCUGCUAACAACGCCAUGGUCAUGGACGAAAAAGUCAAGGAACGCUUUGUGCUGGACACGACUUCUGCCAUCUGCAGCUACGAUGCCCACUAUAAGGACCACCACAAAUACUGGUGCCGAGGCUAUUUCCGGGACUUUUGCAACAUCAUUGCCUUCGCACCCAACAGCACCAACCGUGUGGCCCUGAGGGACACAGGAAACCAGCUCAUUGUCACUGUGUCCUGCCUGAACAAGGAGGAUGUGGGCUGGUACUGGUGCGGCAUCCAGCGAGACUUUGCCAGAGAUGACAUGGAUUUUACAAAGCUUCUUGUGACUGACAACAGAAGAGCCCGCGCCAACAGCUUUUGGCCUGGGAAAGACCUACCAGGCAACAAGAACAGAAGCUGCAGGGCUUCCAGAGUUGUCGACAAGGCAGAUCACUUCAGGAUGUCCAUCUUCCUUAUCUGUAUACUGAUCACAAGCUUGGGGUCCAUCUUCAUUAUCAGUCAUCUGUCCAAACGGAGGAGAAGUCGACGGACUAGAAGGGUGAUCGCAGGUAAAGGCUUAGCUGGAAGCCAGAACACUAGCCAAGCUGCUUCUGGGAUCCCCACGCCUCUGGUAAGUUCCCUCCUUGGCUCUGUGUACUGAGUCCUGUGCCCACGGCUCCCUGAUCUUUAGGGCUCCCCAUUCCUAAAGGGAGGAACUAUGUUCAGAAGGGGCCAUGUGGAUCAGUCCACCUCUCCUUUGGGGCAGCAUCAGAGGAGGCCAGAUCCUCAAGGCCACUACGUGGUGAGUCCGAUAGGCUCUCAGGUGCACACGGGGUAGAGAGACCAGACACAGGUGCCGCUGUUUGGUUAAACUGAGUUUGUUUCCUUUUUAUGCUCAGAAGUCACAGAAAUGCCUUGGGCAGUGGAGAGCCUGUAGGCACAAUUACGAAACAGACUCCAGCCUCCUCUGGGCAUGGAAAUGUAAAAAAUAACAUUUUAGAGAAUGAGAGAAAACAAAUACCUGUUAAUGAAACACAAGGGCCUGUAGCCAGAAGAAUCGGAAAUCCAAAGCUAAGGCUGCAAAAGAUGUCACACUUUCCUGGCGAUAAUGUGGCCCUUGGCUAGAGCAGGAGCCCUGAGAAAUCAAAGCAGUGGCUCCCCCGGCACCCCUGGCCUUCUGCCCUCUGAGAGCUGUGGGGGCUGUGGAUGUCUUGCUCAGUUUUGCCCAAGACCACUCCUUUCGGGACACAAUGGCAGUCCAGGUUUUUGCAAAAACCAUCAUCACUUCUUUAAGGCAUGAACUCGGGCAGCCUGUUACAUCUCUGGGACUGUUUUCUUCUCUAUAAAUUGAGGACCCCUUACUCCCCAGUAUUGUUCAUUCAUUCAUUCAAUAAACAAGGAUGAUGGCGGAUGCUGGGAUACACAGUUGAGUCAAAGAAACAGCGUCAGUCUUCAUGGCACUUGCAGUGCAGAGUGGGAGGCAGACGAGCCAUCUCAGACACACACACACACACACACACACACACACAGGGGAUUGACAACUAGAGUAAGUACUCUAUAAGAGAGACGGACGGUGCUAUGAAAGUUGAGGCAAUGGAACCCAACCCUCUUCUUUUUUUAGCAAGGAGUUGUACCACCUGGUUUAGUCAUGACCUGCUCCCUCACACUCAGGCAGUUGAAAGAUGCAGCCUGAAUCAAGGUCCCUUCUGGGUCCUGAAGGAGUCCAGCCGCAUUCACAUCACCAGAGCUUGGUGAGAGGUGAAUGCAAGCCCUGCCCACCAAGCUUUCCCGCUGACUGGCUAAUAAGCUUUGAUGCAAUGGCAUCUGAUUUCUGCCUUGAAAACAAAUUUUGGUGUUUGGUCCCUGUGAAGUCCCCAAGACAGGGUUUGCAACUUUUGCUGCAGAAGCACCCAGCAUAGAUCUCAACUCAAUCUUCUUUUUCUAUUUCCAACAAAGUAGGCAACUCUUUGAAGCCCCUCUCACAUGUCCUGACUCCAAAGAAGACGGCUCAUAACUCGACAGAAGUUUUCUUUUAUUUAGUUCAUAAAUAAAGUGAUGCUACAAUACAA